UGGAGACAGUUUAGGAGGGUCUUAGCCAAUAGGACCUCAUUUAGGAUGAUGUGGGAAGGCACAGGUUACAGGGGUCCGGUAUUCCUGUGGCUCCCGGCCCCCAAACUUCGCUUAAGAAGGGCUGAUGGGAGGCGGAUCCUGGCAGCGGAACUGGCCCUUCCAGUUUGAGGGGGUAACAGGCAAUGAGGAAGGGGCAGGCCGGAUUCACACGCUUGACCUCCCCAAAGCUGGAUGCCUGAGUUUGCCCGCGCCUCCUCACAAACUAGGGAAGUGGCUUCCAUUCAGAGGUGGUUUGGCUGACCUCCUGGGCAGAUGUGUUCGACCACAGGACCGGUCCUUCCAGACCCAACCACUGAACCUGAGAUUGCCCAACUGCCGGCUUUCCAUUGUAUCCUCUCUACUCCUCCUCCCAGUUUCAGAGUUGGAAAGCGCCCUGCAGAUGGAGCCAGCUGCUUUCAAGGGUUUGUACUCCGCUGAGAAGCCAAAGCUGGAAGAGAAUCUCAUUUUCUUCUGUCAGAUGGGCAAGCGGGGCUUGCAGGCCACGCAGUUGGCCCAGAGCCUUGGAUACAAAGGGGCUCGGAACUAUGAAGGGGCCUAUAGAGAAUGGCUCCAGAAAGAAGGUUAGGUAGAAUGUGGCUUACUGAAUGCUCCCUCCCCGCUGCCAGUGGCCGCCUUAACUAAGAGUGAUGAAGGGGCUCUUGUUGGGUUGAGCAACUUCUUACAGUGCUGUGCAUGAAAAGCAGCAAAUAAAGAGCAUUUAAUCAAA